GCGAGGCGGGAGGCGGCGGCCGCCGGGCUCAGUCCGGCCGCGCAGCGGGAGGGAGGCGCGAGGCAGGAGGCGGCGGCUGGGCUCCGCAGCGCACCGAGCGCAGCGCGGCGCCCGGGGCCCGGCCCCAUGCCUGCAACCCCGCCGGACCGCCCUUGAGCGCGGGCCUCCCGCCCGCGCCCCCCGCCCGCCGGCACCAUUGCCCCGACGGCGCGGCCGGGCGGCCCGGCGCUCCCCAGGCUCCGCGCCGGCCGGAAGACGCUGCUGGCGGCCGCCGCGGGCGUGGUGAUGCUGCUGGUGCUGGUGGUGCUGAUCCCCGUGCUGGUGAGCUCGGGCGGCCCGGACGGCCACUAUGAGAUGCUGGGCACCUGCCGCAUGGUGUGCGACCCGUACCCCGCGCGGGGCCCCGGCGCCGGCGCGCGGCCCGACGGCGGCGACGCCCUGAGCGAGCAGAGCGGCGCGCCCCCGCCCUCCACGCUGGUGCAGGGCCCCCAGGGGAAACCGGGUCGCACGGGCAAGCCGGGACCCCCGGGGCCUCCUGGGGACCCCGGUCCUCCAGGCCCCGUGGGGCCGCCGGGGGAGAAAGGUGAGCCAGGCAAGCCAGGUCCUCCCGGGCUGCCAGGUGCCGGGGGCAGCGGCGCCAUCAGCACAGCCACCUACACCACGGUGCCGCGCGUGGCCUUCUACGCUGGCCUCAAGAACCCUCACGAGGGGUACGAGGUGCUCAAGUUUGACGACGUGGUCACCAACCUGGGCAACAACUACGACGCGGCCAGCGGCAAGUUUACGUGCAACAUUCCCGGCACCUACUUUUUCACCUACCACGUCCUCAUGCGCGGCGGCGACGGCACCAGUAUGUGGGCGGACCUGUGCAAGAACGGCCAGGUGCGGGCCAGCGCCAUCGCCCAGGAUGCAGACCAGAACUACGACUACGCCAGCAACAGCGUGAUCCUGCACCUGGACGCGGGCGACGAGGUCUUCAUCAAGCUGGACGGCGGCAAGGCGCACGGCGGCAACAGCAACAAGUACAGCACGUUCUCGGGCUUCAUCAUCUACUCCGACUGAGCGCCCCGCCCCCGCCACGCCACGCCCCCAGGCUACGCCGCCCUCAGAGGGCGCUGACCACCGCCUGGGCCGCAGCUAUCUGCCAAGCCGGGUCCAGCGCGCGUGCCCCGGUCCCGGUCCACCCGCCUGCCCGCCUGCGCUGUCUAUCUGUACAGAUAGGACUGUUCACUGCUCGCCCCCCGCCUGCCAGUGCCACCCCGCCUGGGGAGAGGUCGCGGCAGAGUUGCUUCCUGUGCUCUGAUGAGCUGCCCUCCGGCUCCCGGGGGUCGCCACCCGGCAGCACCCCGUCUGACCAAAGCUAUAAUAAAAACAUUUGCACCCGGCGGGGGUUUCAGUCUGUGCCCUGGGGAGGGCACCCUGGAUCCUGUCCUCUUCCAAAAGGGGAAGGGGCCUGGGGGGAACUUCCAAGGGAAAGAGGAGGAGCAGGUGCCAGGAUGAGAACUGCCCCUGGGGGAGAUGGCCCAAAAGGCCCAAUGCCCCCCACGGCCGCAGCGGGCAGGAUGAGGGCAUCUUCCACGGAGAGGUCCCUGCUUUGCAUCUGCAUCCCAAGACACAGGUGCUCUCAAGUGCAGGAGCUGGGUUCUGGUCCCUGUACUGGCGUGUGUGUGGUCCUGGGCAAGUCGCUCCUCUCAGACUGGAUUCUGGGCUGGCGUUCAAAGGAACAGGUUUUGCACGCCAUGUGCUUGUCUGGGGGCUUCGCCUCUUGGUCACAGUCUUCUCAUCAAUAAAGGAGACCUAGUUCAUGUGA